AAUUUCCUACGAGUCGCCUGGAAAUGAGCGCGGUAGCAGAUAUUUUUGACAGAGAUGGCGAUGGCUACAUUGACUAUUAUGAAUUUGUAGCAGCACUUCAUCCAAACAAAGAUGCAUACAAACCUCUGACAGAUGCAGACAAAAUUGAAGAUGAGGUGACACGGCAAGUGGCAAAAUGUAAAUGUGCAAAGCGGUUCCAGGUGGAGCAGAUUGGCGAAAACAAGUACAGAUUCUUCCUGGGAAAUCAGUUUGGUGAUUCCCAGCAGCUUCGUCUCGUCCGAAUCCUGCGGAGCACCGUUAUGGUUCGUGUUGGAGGUGGUUGGAUGGCACUAGAUGAGUUCUUAGUGAAAAAUGAUCCUUGCAGAGUUCAUCAUCAUGGGAGUAAAAUGUUACGUUCGGAAUCAAACUCUUCAAUUACCACUCAGCCUACGCUAGCCAAAGGGAGGACGAACAUGGAGCUCCGGGAGAAGUUCAUGUUAGCGGAUGGGCCUUCCCAAAGUAUGGCUGCCUUCCGGUCAAGAGGACGUCGGUCGCGGCCUUCUUCGAGGGGAGCUUCUCCCAACAGAUCCAUGUCUGUAUCCAAUCAAGCUGCCCAAGGAACUCCAGUUUCAGCUCUUGCUGCUAGUACACCCAAGACACGCAACUAUGGUAAACCAUGGUUGAUAAACAGCAAAACGUCAUCUCCUUGUAAACCAUCAGAGUGCUAUGAAUAUCAAGUAUCAUCCACAGAGGUACAGUAAUGGACAGAUUUUUUUUUUUAGUCUUAACCACAUUUCACUAAAACUAUCCUGUUAGCUAACAGCGAUUUCCACUCCUUAUCAACUGUGCUGUACCUUCCAUUUUAAUGCACUCUUAUUUGUUUUCACUCUUCUGUCCAUCAAUUUUGUCCCCCCACCCUCUUUUUUAAGCUUGUAAAUUAAUCAAUUGUUGGAAGUUUGUUUGACUCCUAUCUGGGCCUUGUUGAGCAUGUAGUCCUUGUCAAAAUAAUAAUUGAUUUUAUACAAGUGAAAUUUAUAGAUUUGUAUAAAUUUAUAUACAUGGUUUGUAUAAAUUUGUGGUUCCACCACAA